CGAGUGGAGACUGAGCGUUCGCGCGCUGUUGGGAUGCCUUGUAAAGAUGCGCUCUGAGUGCGCGUGGCCAGCACUUUCACUGAUUGUUGACAACGCGCCCUGCGCGCGUGCACUACUACGGUGCAAAGAGGAGUAAGCGAAACGCUGAAUAUUCUCUUGCAUACUAACGGGGAAAGGUGUACUUAGGAGCCAGGCAUUAGAUAGGAUCUAAAAACAACAAAAACAGCAACAACAAAUUCUUGAUUCAGUUAAUGCAUUAAACGGACCAACAUCGCGAACCUCAGUUAAGCAGGUGCACCACUUGCACGCUUUAUUUGACGGAGCCAUAAAGUCAUGCGCGCGCAUAUUACUGAAACACAACAACCAGGGAAAGUGAUCUAAAAUUGGCUUAGUGCGUAUUACAUGCGCUCAUUAUAAAUUACGCUCACGCGCAGCACAUUGAAACGAGGAAUAAACAACAAUGUCGAGGAAAAAAGCAACCAAAGGAAAAUGCAGUUCAAAUACACCGAACUCAUCUUCUUGCAGCGAGAAAGGAAAGAAAGUCCUGACCCAAUCCAACGGAGUGGUCCAUCCCAGCCGACCCCCUCUCAGCAACAGCGGGGAAUUCUACGACAUAGCCUUCAAGGUAAUGCUGGUUGGUGACUCUGGGGUGGGGAAAACCUGUCUUCUGGUUCGUUUUAAAGAUGGAGCAUUUCUGGCUGGAAGUUUCAUCUCAACAGUCGGUAUAGACUUCAGGAAUAAGGUGUUGAAUAUUGAUGGCGUGAGGGUAAAACUACAGAUUUGGGACACGGCAGGACAGGAGCGAUUCAGGAGCGUGACACAUGCAUACUACCGUGAUGCCCAUGCUCUUUUGCUGCUCUACGAUGUGACAAAUAAAUCUUCUUUCGACAACAUGCAGGCCUGGCUCACAGAGAUUCACGAGUUUGCUCAGCAGAAUGUAGUCAUCAUGCUCCUGGGUAACAAGGCUGAUGCAACACAUGAAAGGGUUGUGAAGAGAGAGGAAGGGAAAAACUGGCCAUGGUUAUUUGGAGUUCCUUUUAUGGAAACCAGCGCUAAAUCUGGUCUGAAUGUGGAGUUGGCCUUCACUGCUGUAGCCAAGGAACUGAAGCACAGGGAGAUGAAGGAACCCAACGAGCCAAAGUUUCAGCUGCAUGAGUAUGUUAACAAGGAGAUGAAGGGAGCUGGAUGCUGUCACUCCUAAACCUGUGUGCUUGUGUGUGCAUCAAUCUGUUAGUGUGUUUUUCCAUUUUCAUCCUCUUCUCUCACAUAAAUUGGAUAUCUGUCAUAAACCCUAUGGCUCCGGAGACUUUCAUUUUCAAACGCUCUAUUCUUUUUUAGACCUCCCUGCACAGCUUGCAAACAACACUAAACAGCACAAAGCAAACAGAAUGUAAAAAGAAGCACUCGUCAGAAUGUAAUUGGCACACGAUCAUAUUAUAAAUAUUUACUCACCAGACAGUCAGUAAAUACAGAUGUGCGCUUUGAAUGAAUGAUGUUUCAUCACACUCUUGCAUUGUUCUCCUGACUCACCUUUCCGAGCAGCUGUGAAUGUAUCUUUAAUACUCAUGACUCUAUCUUGAAUUAAUUCUUCAAUUGGGGAACUUUUGUGUCCCAUCGUUAGAUUUGGAUUGAUUGAUUUAUUUUCUAAGUUUUAAUGGAUAGACUAUAAGUAAGUAAUUUAAUUACUUUUUACUAAGUUGACAACUUUUUGUUCUUUUUACAGUGCUGUCAUUACCAUUACACAUUACGCAUUUUACACAACAAUUGAGUUUUGAGUUGCUGAAAAAGCAUGCAUUUGGACAUCAUUAAAAUGAGAAGUGACAGGGGAGCACAGCUCUGCCAGUGUGACAGUUUGAAGAUCAGAAAUGUCAUUCAUUUUAAGAUCUUUACACCGUGAUCUGAUCUGAGAGAAUAUUUAUUUGAUGUCAUUAUGGAAGCAAUCCUACACGUCAUUACCAUACCACAUAUUACACAGAGAUCCUCAUGAAAGAUCUUUAUUCCAGCACAUUUGAUACAUGUAAUAAUAGAGAUAAAACAUAGUUUGGAGAAGUUUAAUUUUUCACAAUAUCACUCCAAUAUACUGUAGAUCAGAAUACACUUUUUGUUUCUUUUUGUCACACGCACAUACACACUUUCUUUCCCAGAUACACACGUUCCAGAAUAACAUCCUCUCUCCUCGUAUUUGUUCAAUUUUAAGUUAUAUGUUAUUUUUUCAUGCCUUUUCAUAAAAUUAUAAAGCAUUAUGAAAGAUGAAUGUAUGUACUUUGUAUAUAUUAAAAAUAUUAAUAUAGCACUUAGGUUGCAUUAUGUUUAAUUGAUGUUUUGUUAAAUGACUUUAAAUUUAGUAAUGUAAACUGUACGCUAAAAUUAUAAACAGCUUUAUCUAGAAAUUAGUUUUAGCAUUAUAUAAAGUUGAAAAUGUGCCAGAACUGAUAAAAAUGAUGUUCUGUCAAGAUACUGUGUGUACUGUGGCUCGUUAAAUGUGUGAUGUUGUACAGAUAUUUUCAUUUGAAAGUGUCGCAUUCAUAAUUACAUUUCCAGCUCUAUGCCUUUUGCACUUUUGUUCUUGUUGUUUUUCCAUUGUUGGUGUUGUUCUUUAUUUUUGUGUUAUCUAAAGCAGAUCUAAUAAAAGUUCAGGAUAUAGUUUAAAAUUAAUAUUUUGUUGAUCAGAAAAUAUUUAUUGAUGUGCCAUUUUUAGCUGCUUAGACAAUUUUGACAAUAUAUCACCUAAUGUAUAUAAAUUGACACCUAUGAAUAAAUUACAUGAAUUGAUGAUGAGGUUGGUAUAUGUAUAUCUUGGUAUAGGUCAAUUCAAAGUGUUGACCUAAGUGAAUGGCAACCUCAUUCAUGUUGUUUUUAUGUAAUGUGUAUUGUAUUCCCAACAAUAAACUGGACAAUGUAGUCA